CAUCAACUCAUUCACGCAUCAUGUGGAAAACCGUGGCAAAGGAAGAGAGGAGGGUCAAGGACCUGAUCGAGAACGCCAGACGCCGGGCCCAGAGGAGAAGAGCCUAUUAUGAUUCAAGGAUAGGGGAUCCAAUGCAACUUUUGAGAGUUUCAGGAACAGCAGUGCCGCUAGUAACCAAUCCUGAGGCGUACACGUUCAACGAAGACCCCAGCAACCUGAUGCCAUGGGGCAGCGAUUCUUCCGUAAAGAUCGAUCGAUUUGAUGGCAGGGCGUUGCUUGACUAUUUGCCGUCGGCAACAGCGGCCAUGAUUGAAUCUGGACUGAGGCUUGAUCGAGACGAAGAUGGUGCCGGAAAUGAACUACGCUUUCAGCGCUGGCAUGAUUUAGUCGAUAAGGAACGUCUUCAUGUAUCGGAGGAGCAAUGCCUUAUCGAUAAUGAAGAAGAAUGGAAUGAACUUGUCGCAAGACACCAAGCCCUGAUUGGGAAAACACCCGAAAAAAAGCACAAAUCCGCGGAUGCAUCAAGUACAGCCUCCAACUUUGCUUUCAACUACGGCACGGAGGUUGUACAUGAUGAAAAGGAAACCGGCCGCCUUAUCGAAAAAGAGUUGUCGCCGUUGGAAGAGGAUCACAUUUUGGAUCAUUUGGACGAUCUCUCACAACGCGAGCGGGAUAUUUUAGAUUCUCUAGGCUCCAAAUUCAACAUUCAGGAUUAUCAUCGUCUUUUGCGGAUUGCAAAGACAGAACAGGACCAAAGAGUUAUGCAGCUCAAGGUCGCCGCUGUAAAUCUUGAACGCACACUGGCAGGAAAGAGGCCAUUGAAAGCAUCAGAGAUUGAAAGUCUGCAUAGCUUAAAGGGACGGAGAAGCGGCGGCAGCGGACGCAGAGGACGACGCAACCGGUCUUCGUCACCAGCCUAUCGAAGCACGAGGCGCUCAAGCCCAUCCUACGAACCGUAUCGUGAAAGCUCCUCACAUUCUGCAUCUGCAUCGCCCAAGGAAGAAAAUGUGGAGUUCAUCGUGGAAUUUCAAGCUGACAGCGAAGGCGAAGGGGAUGGUUCCUGGAUGGAUCACGAAUCGUCGUUGACAUUUAGCUCCACGGACACUCGAAACACGCCAAGCUCGAGAGAAAAGACGAUCAAAGAUCCUUUGACCAUGCGGCGGCCUUUGGGAAUCAGCCUUCCUGUGACGACUACAGCGAGCAAUUCAAACGCGACAAGUUUGAGCAGCCCAGUUAAAUUGAGCCUCGCUGAGAAGCUGAAGCAGCGGAUGCGUCAAGGCUUGGAUCAAUCUAUUCGCUCCAACGAAAUCAAGCGGCAGGCCAAGGAGCGCGAGCAAGAGUUGUCUCAGGCGCGCCAAAAGGGCGAUGUUCCAUCCGCAGGACAGGAUUCUGCGCUAAUGCCUCUGGAAAAGAAACGUCUCGACACAAGCCCUCGAGAUCCAGAGCCCUCGAGCGAAAACACUAUGUCAGAGAGGCAUAGUCGUCGCGGCAGCGAUAUCAGUUCCCGCAGAAAAAGCCCAAGUGGUAUGCGUCGCCAAAGUCGCAGCAGGAGCUCUAGCAGAAGCCCUGGCAGAUCUCGUCACAGUGGAGCUAGUACACAGCAAUGUGAUCAUUCUCGAAGCCGCACCCAUGGAAGGAGUCGCAGUAGAGACCGUGGCAGAAGUCGAAGCAGAGACCGUGGCAAGAUUCGCAGUAGGAGCAGGAGCAGGAACAGAAGCCAUAAUAGCAGUACCAGCCACAGCCAGCGACGUAGAGCCAGCCCUAAUCGAGAUCGGCGUCGCAGCAGGUCGAGAGACAGGAUGAGAAAGCAAUCACGGAGUGUCUCUCGAUCUCGCUCCAGAUCCCGCUCUCGGUCUCGUUCUCUAAUGAGAUCCAGAGCCAGGCAUGAAAGAAGCCGGCGCCGAUGAAUGUUCAGAUAAAGAUAAAUCCACCUCCAUUUCCACGCGCAAGUAUGAGGAUCUGCAAUGUUUAAAACAUGGCGAAUAUUUGCCAGACCGCCCUCCUGAAGGGAGGCAUUAUGGUCGCCCGGACGGACGUAAGUUGUCCGUAUCGAAGAAUGUAAUCAAAGGCAAAUACACAGAACUGAGUGUCUUUGGUGACAGCAUGAUUGGUAUAUUUUAUUGUUCGACUUGCUCAACUUGCUCAACUUGCUCAGGUUGUUCGACUUGCUCAGCUUGCUCAGGUUGUUCGACUUGCUCGACUUGGACCGCUUGCUCGACUUG